GUAACCUAAUUUUUAAUGUCUCAGACUUUUCACAUUCCAGAUUAUCGCUCAUCGAACAUUCUUCCUCAGAAUCCGAAACGUUCAAUACUUUCAUAAUAACUUAAUCUGGAACAAAAAAACGCGUAAAAUUUCUUAUAUUAUAGGUUUUUUCCUAGAAAGAUAAUGAUCCCUCAAAAACCUUCACCCGAGGAUGCAGAGACAGAAUCAGCGGCUAUCGGCCGGAAGCGAUCGAAUGCUCGCAAUAAAGAUUUCCACCGACAUUACUUGGCUUUGUGUCGAGCAAGAAAUUUUCAGCCUCUAGCUGAAUUAACUUCCGGAGGCAAGCGCAAAUCUAGUAAGAAUCUGCUAGGUAUUGAUUUCUUCGGGGAUCGAUUCAAGGAAACCGAUUGGCAGUUGAUCUCCGAUGCCUUGGUCCAGGACACUUCACUAGAACUGGUAGCAAUCCGACUGAGAAAGGUGAUCUGCGAUGUUCUUGAAAAUGGAUCACAGCGAGCUUCGGACUCGGUUGUAGACCGGCCAAGUCUGUUAACUAAACGGCUGUUCACUCGACUUAUGGAAGCAUUAGCGCAUUUUUUGUCCCAGAACCAAAAGGUGCGGGUGUUUAUGUUAGAGGCCCUGCCCAUCCAAGGGAUUUUUAUGGCAACCUUGAUAAAUGGUCUUCAGCAAAAUUAUUCCAUUACCGAGCUGAGCCUAGCUCGGAGUGCAAUACGAGAUGGCGGGUGUGAAGCCAUUUGUGCCGCUGUUAUGCAUUUACCAAAGAUCGAAACUUUAAAUCUUUCUGGUUGCCAGCUUACACCACGUGGCUGCCUUGCGGUGGCAGAGUUGGUAAAAUAUCAGAAAAUUCAACGUUUUGCCGAAAGCUGGCAAUGUUCGUUGCGAUACCGAAGUAUUGAUACAAGCAAAAUGCAAGGCUUGCGGUACCUGCUGCUAAAUUCCAAUCCGUGCAUUGGAGACGAUGGUUUACAGGAAAUUACUGAGGUGUUGAAGGACGACGAGUGGAUCCGGCAAGUGCAUUUUCGAAACUGCGGAUUAACGGAUAAAGGCGCCAAAUUUUUGGUAGAUUGUUUGAACAUCAAUAAAACUAUUGAAAAAUUUGAUAUCAGAACGAACGCGGGAAUUUCAAAGGAGGCAUGUCGCGAAAUUUUGGUCAAGCUGGGUGUUGAAGUCGAGUCAUCCGACAGUAGCCAGUCUCUGAAAGAUAGCCUAAUUGAAGGGGCUCCACGAAUGAAACCUUCGGAACAGAUAAAGUAUCUCCAACAACAGUUGAAUGCUGAACGACUUCGAUGUACUCAGCUUCAAAUGAUGGUGGAACAGAUGCAUUUGCAACAAACUGAAUGUUUGGUUCAACUUAAUCAAAUGAAGCAGGAAUUCAAUCUCGUUGUUACUGAGCGAGAUACUUUGCUGAAAUUCAUGCAGCGAAUGGAUAAACCUCGACCGAAAAGCAGAAAGUCAACUAUCCGUAAAAGCAAGAGCGAAGCUCUACCCUCGGCGUUAUUCAGUCGAUCGAUGAAUAUGAGACCGAAUAGCGGAAGUAGUCGAAACAACGGAUCAAAAUCUGAAAUGACGCUCCGAUGGAUUAAAAAUCGUCAGCAAACAGGACUGACAAAAAAGAACACCGGUAGCAUGAAACAUUUCAAUAUAAUUGAACGGGCUAUCGGAGAUGGUAGUUUGAAUCCAGCGCAACUGGAUGAUAUUGCAGAAUUAAAUGAAGAGCUGAACUCAGUACACCAUAAGAAGAUCAACGAAGAAGGAUUCGGUGAUGUUGGAAUGGUUAAAAAAGUAUCUUUGCAGCGAAGGGAAGUCAAUGUCACUCAAAUAACGGAUGGGAAAGAUGAUACGAGUGUAGAACAUUUCUUCCACAGCAUAGACAAAUCAACGCAUGAUUUUUCACCUGAGAAUCGCAGUGAAGAUGAAAAACUCAGCGAUUGUUUGAGCUUAUCUUCAAGCUGCGAUGAAGAAAGGUCUGAUGAAGACAUUGAAGCUGACGAGAGCGUUAACUCAAUAUCUGGAGCUGACCUGUUACAGAUGAUUGUAAAGAAAAGGUUAGUGGAACAAUCCAAUGAUGCACAAUCGUUAUUCAUGAGUGCGUAUAGUGGUAACGAGUGUUAGAUGGUGUAGGCUCGAAGGCUUUUCUUAUAUUUUUAAGGUCAUUUUAGAACUUUUCGGAGCAAACGUACAAUAAAUUUCGAAUAAAUCAAAAA